AUGAUGCUUGGUGAUGAAGAAAUAAAAGAAAGUAGCCUCAUGAGACCCGGCGACGAAAUUAUAAGUAUACAAGAAAUUUGUUUGACUGACAAAUUUUAUAAAAAAGAGUUGGAAUUUGGGAACGAACCUCUUUUUUCAAGUUCAAUUAAAAAUGAAUUGGAGGUGCCCCGUUUCCUUCGCGACGGCUUCUUCCCCGAAGGCUCGGAUCAACAGCAGGCCAGGUUUGCCUGGACGGAGGAGGACGGGAACAUCGCUUCCCUGGUCUCUGAGCCUGGCUUUGGCACCACUGGGCAAACCACUUUCGGCAAUAGUUUGGAUGCAGCCUUAAAAACAGAAAUGAAGGAGGCGGAUACGUCGAGUUCCUCGUUCCAACCUACGAAUCGAAAUGCUUUUUCUUUUUUUAAGAAAUCUCACACGGACCCCCACAUUGUAACUUCCACGUCCGCUUCUACAUCCAGCAAGGGUAGUCAAAGCACCUACAAAAUAGAUAAAACGGAUCCAAGAUCUAGAUACCAUUUUGUGAAAUAUGUGAAAAGAAAUGGGCGGACGGUGAAGCUGUGGGAGUGCGGUAUAUGUGAUCGAGAGUUUCAACAUCAGUAUACGCUGAUGCGUCACCUGCCGACACAUACUGACGAAAGGAACUUUCACUGCUCUACAUGUGGGAAGAGCUUUAGGCAGCUGUCUACGCUCAGCCAACAUCGCGCUAUACAUUCCGCUGAGAGACCUUACGCUUGUGAGGUCUGCAAUAAGACGUUUAACCGAGUUUCCACCCUGAUAUCCCAUCGAAAGACCCACUCUGAUGAGAAGCCGUACAGGUGUCACAUCUGCCCAAAAGGAUUCCAUCAAAAAGGAAACUUGCGCAAUCAUCUCUUUACACAUACUAACGAAAGGCCCUAUCGCUGCAACAUUUGUUUCAAGGGUUUCAAUCAGCAAUCUAAUCUCGUAUGUCACAAAAAUAAGGCGCAUCCAGAUGAUAUCAGCAUUGGUUCUUGUAAUAGUGGACGUAGUAUUCCUCGCUCGGCAAAAUCUGUCUCCGUUGCUGAGAAUCAAGUCGAUUCUUCGAGAACAUCAAACGAUUAUUGCGAAGUAAGCUCUACAGUCGGCCCCCAAUUACAAUCUGUUGAAACUCCAUCUUCGUCUGCGUGGGCAACAAAAUCAAGCGCUCGGGACGUUACCAAAUACUUCCCAGAGCCGUUUGAUGCGUGGUGCUUCAUCAAUCCGUGGAGUGCUAUGGGCAGUGGUGUUUUUGUUGAUCCCAUAAAAACAUACCAUAUGCAAGUUGCAUUGGCGACAAAACAAACACCGUUCGCUCUGCUUAAACCGGACAAAGGCGCUCCGGUGUUAGUGAAAGUUGUAGACACAAAUCAUCUUGGUGGUAAGCAGAUGCUGGUGCCAGCCACCGCCGAAGACUUGCGAGACGGUGGUAAACUUAUUAUGAGAAAUGACGACAGCUCUGAAGCCCGGGGCGUCGAAGUUGAAUCAAGGUCCGUUGAUAAUGGUGCGGUUCAAAUCCGGGUGCCAGUUGUGGCGACCGUAGUUCCGAAGAUCCAACCAGGCGGCCAGCUGCAGUUGAGCGUUGAGGAACCUCACCACGCUUAUCACACUGCUCUGUCUACUGAAGCCUAUCUAGACUUUAAUGGAACGGAUAAAGGAUUACGCGAAGCUAUAGAUUUGAUAAAAUUUAAAAUGUCUCAUGUUAAUGUGGUAAGCAAUUUGGUUUUAGCUUUUCUUUGUCGUGUUAAUAAAAAUUUAUCGAUUUUAACUGUUGCAGCACCUUGUAGUUCUUUAUCGUGCGCGUUACCCCCACCGGCACCUUCCCCACCGCUCGAUCUCAUUUCCAUGGACUUGUUUGAGCCGAUGGAAUGCCUACCUAUGGGUCCUCAGAUCACUGCGGUGGAUAAAGUGCACCAACCGCCCGGCUCAGACGACUCCGACAUUUUCAUUGGAAAAUUUGAAGAAAGCAUCCCACUAUCCGAUUCCGACUGA